AAAAAGGAAAGAAGAGAACAGAAUAGGAGACGCGAAAGUAGUCGACAUUACCAGCGAUGGCGUCGAAGUUGCAGCUUCCGGUGGAGGAGUCGGUCCUUCUGCGAGUAACUCAUUCUAACCUCAAGAGCUUCUCUGCUGAUGUUCGUUUCUCACUUGAGAUGACUGUUGAAUCUGUGAAAGAGAAGCUCUGGAAGAAGUGCGGUACUUGUGUUAAUUCAAUGUCCCUUGGGCUGUAUGAUGACACAGGAACUAAAGUUUACGAUUUAAGUGACAAUAUGAGACCACUCGGAUUUUAUUCUCCACAGGAUGGGUAUCGGCUACACAUCGUAGAUCUGGACCCCUCAUCAGUAACCUCUGGUGGCUGGCUGGAAGACACGUCGUUGGUGGAGAAAUACAAAAUUUCUGAUGAAGCCUAUGAUAAACUGGAUGGUACAGUCAAGAAAUUUAAAGAAAAAUUAGCAUCUCAAAAUCCAUCUAGCCAUGAAAGUAAAAUACCAGAUAACUACAUGGAAGACCUUUGUGCAAAUAUCAAGGUUGGGGAUCGAUGUGAAGUUGAGCCUGGUGAGAAAAGAGGAGUUGUCAAAUUUGUUGGUACUGCUGAAACCCUUUUCCCUGGUUUUUGGGUUGGAAUACAAUACGAUGAGCCCUUGGGGAAACAUGAUGGCAUGGUAAAAGGAAAACGCUACUUUGACUGCCCUCCACUUCAUGGUGCAAUGGUCCGGCCAGACAAAGUAAAGGUUGGAGACUUUCCUGAGCGAGAUCCAUUUGAGGAAGAUGAAAUAUGAAUUAUUCAUUUGAGAAAGUGUGUAUUUUUUGUGGUUGCCUGUGUGGGUGAUUUCAGUGUAACCAUUCACAGAA